AUGGAGCACCUCGGCCGAUUCCACCGGCGCAAGAAGGACAGCUCCACCACGCCAACCAUCAUCACUAGCAACAUCCCAGACAACACCACCCCGGCCGUACCGCCGUCAACACAGACCGAUGUUCCGUCUGCACCGCCGAUGCGCACCCUGCAGAAACUGAGUCCCUUCCGGGUUUUCCAACGCUCGUCCGGGAAGCGAGCGCGUGACUCGCCGCCGGCCUCCCUUCCACACUCCCCGGCCGCGGCCCCGGUAGCCGGUAAUGGUGCCGCCGAUGGGCGCCCCGUAUCGCCGCUGUCGCUCCAGGCCGAGACCGCGGGCAACGAUGAGGCGCGGUCGUUAGCACCACCAAAGAUGCCCAAGUUUCUCGAUGUACGGUUGGCGGGCGAUCCGGCCUUGUUUGUAUUCUCCUGCCCGCGAGUUGCUAAUUAUAAUCUGGUUGAAUUAGAGAUGGACAGGAAAUUCACCGAACUCGUGUGGCGCGAGCGGAUGCGACUCAGGCAGUCAGCUGCGAACUCAAGCCCAGACUUUCGCUGGGCACCCGUCACGGGACCUCAUCUCAAGGUGCUCGACCGGUACUUAAACAUCCAGCCGUGGAACAACAACCGGAUAAAGUUGCGGGUGCCCGAGGGACACGUUGAUUACGUCAACGCCUCACCUAUCGUCCUCGAACCGUCGCCAUCCCCAGACGCCCUUGCCGUCCCGCAGGAACCAGACCGGUACAUCGCGAUGCAGGGACCGAAGCAGGCUUCGGCCGGCCAUGUGUGGCGGAUGGUUGUGGAGCAGCUGGAGAGCCCUGGCGUCAUUGUGAUGCUGACGGAGACACAUGAGGGCGCGAUGGAGAAGUGCUUCCCCUACUUCCCCCGCAGUGAGAGUGACCCACCAGUCGAGAUCAACGAGCACGACGAGUUUGGCGAUGGCUUUCGUGCCACCCUCCGAUGUGAGGGCCUUGAGGAAACCCCGGCCGGCGAUGCUAUCGAGCUGCGGAAACUCGUCAUUCGCAUUCACUCCCACGCAAAACCGCCCGCGCCGACUGCCUCUACUCCUGCACCCGAUGAUGCCGAUAUCGAGAUGCUUUCCCCAGGCGAGGAAGAAGCCAACUCAACAGCCAAUUUCCCCGCCGCAGACCAGGAGCAAAACCCCCCGGAAGAGGAGGAUGUACCACUACAACAGCCAGGAGACACCGAUCCCAGUCCCGACCACGAUGAACAGCAAACUGAAAACAGAAACUCCACGGAUGAAACACAACAAAACGAGGAAGUCGAAGAACGAGUCAUCUAUCACUUCCUCUACAAAAAAUGGCCCGACUUCGGCGUCCCUUCCCGAGCCGACAUCGACUCCUUCUUUACCCUAAUGCGCCUUUCCCGUGAACGCAAUGCCUCCCCCUCCAACCCGCGCAUCGUCCACUGCAGCGCCGGCGUCGGCCGCUCCGGCACAUUCAUCGCCCUCGAACACCUCAUGCGGGAGCUCGAGGCCGGUGUGCUAGAGCGAUGGGAUGAUAGGGUGGGUGCGGCGACCGAUGAUAGUCUUCUAGUUGGUGGUGCUGCUGGAGAGCAAGAUGGGACUGGCAGCAGUGGCGACUCGGACAGUAACAUAGGCAAGGGUGAUCUCAUCUUUGAGACGGUCAACGCGCUGCGGGAACAACGACGGACCAUGGUACAGGCGGAGUCGCAGUAUAUUUUUAUUUACCGCGUCUUGCGACAGAUGUGGCUUGAGAAAUAUGGCGAGGAAGUGAGGGAAGAGAAGGUAGCAGAACAGCAGCAACCGGAAAUGAGUCGGGGGGCAGAGGCUAGGAGGCGUAAAGAUGGGGAGCCGGCUCCGAAGAGGUUGGAGGUGGACCCGUUUGUGGAGAGGGAUUGA